AGUAUACUAUAACUGAUGCGUAUACACAGAAAAUACUCAGGUAUCAUGUCACACGUGUCCAAUGGAGACUCAGGAAAGUCAGUGUAGAUAUAACUGGAUAUUAAACUCAGGGAGUCAUUUCGAGUCGAACUGAUGAUUCGAGUUUGAAUCCUUUCAAACGAUUCAGAACGAGUUCAAAACAACUGUCAGAAACCGUUAACACGGAAGUGGCGGCAGAACUGAGUCACGCGACCCGUAGCGCGGGAAACCCGAACUACUGAAGACGACGCUGUUUUUUUUUAAUGACUGCGGAGAAAAGGCAAAACAAUAUGUGGUCCCUUAAAAGGUUGGUGGGUUACAUUUUACCACCAAAGACAGACAACGUGGAUGAAGAGUCGGAUAAAGACGAAGAAGAGGAAGAGACAGUGCCAGAGUUUCUGGACAUGAAUGAAAUGGAUGCUAUCUCUUCUGGAGCGUUCAAUUUUCAGCAGUCAGUACCCGCGUCGGAUGAAGUGGAUUUCAUGUUUGAUGGAAAGAAAGUACGUGUUAGGGGUCGAUUUCCUCUCAGGAACCCAUGGUGGAAGAUCUCCUGCAUCGCCCAGAGUUACACCCGUAAACUGGUGGUCAAUGGCUACCCUGCCUAUGAACUCCGGACUGACCUGAAAAAUGACAGGCAGUCUAUCAUAUCUCUGUUCCUGAAGGAGUGUAUGGUGGAUGAUGCUUUUGUUGUUCCGUUCAUGAAGUGGCUGCCAAAGGACAGAUAUAUGAACCUCAGAAACCUAGAGGAAGCUGUGUAUGAAUUUGGAGAGAGCAGCAGUGAAGCAAAACAAGUUUCUGAUUAUGUCAUCACUCAGAUAUCUAAAUCAGAUGCUGCUUUUAAUGUAAGGGCCACCACCACCUAUCCUUAUAUCAUGAAAUACCUGCCAACAUUGCUGCCAGGGCAGUUUUUAAAUCUGCUACAAAAGGGGCGAGAGGAGGAGGAGGAGGAGGAGAAACAGCAGGCUAAAAAUGACAAAGAAAACAUGGAUGCUUCUCCACACAAACAUAAGGUUCCCUUGUUAGCUAGACUGGAGGAACUUAUCAAGACUGAAGUAUGGAAGUUUGGGUUUGGCUAUAUCAUGUAUAAAGAGUUCCACUUAGUCCGAUGUGAGACUACACUGAAGAACUUUAUGUCCUGUGAGUUAUUCAGGAAAAUGCCUACUGUGCAGCAAAAUGCCCUGAAGGUGUACAAUGAGAUUAAAAACUACUGUAGUCGGUUCGGCCACACCUACAUCCCACGGAAGCUUCUGGACGAGUGGAUGAAGAUGCCAGAAGUGAGCGUUUGGGACGCUGUGGCCUUCCUCCGCCAGCAUAAAGUGCUGAAUGUAGAAAAAGAUAAAAUUGCUCUGAAGAAUCUCUACAACUAUGAGAAGGAAAUUGCUGAAUGUCUCCACCAGUUAAUAGAGCAGGAACCCUGGAAGAUCGAUCUGGACGUGAGGGAGGUUUUGCGCUCUGCAGCUCGUGAGAGAAUGAGAGACCCGCUUGCAACCAAUUCAUGUUCUUCUGCUUCAGAAGCGAACAGAGAAGAUAAGUCUGGUCUGAGCAGAGAGUCAGCCUCAGAUGUGCACAAACACAUGGAUGAAAUACCUGAGGCCACCUUGGAUGCUGAUAUAGCACUUGACCCAGACCAGGUCAGAGCAGCAGAGAUGAUGUGUGCUAAUGCUGUGACCGUGAUCAGUGGAAAGGGAGGUUGUGGCAAAACCACCGUGGUCAGUACGAUCUUUAAAGCUGCCAUGGAGCAGCAGGAGGGCAGAGAGAAUAAUGACAGCAUGUUGGAGGAAGGUGAGCAGAAAGAGAAUGACAAAAAGCCAGUGGAGGUUCUUCUUACUGCCCCCACAGGUAGAGCUGCAUCACUACUGACCAAGAAAACCUGCUUUACAGCUUACACCAUGCAUCAGGUCUUGUGGAAUUAUAAGUUAACAAAAAAAGACGAAAAUGGGAAUCCACAGAAAUGGAAGUUUGACAAAGUCCGAGUGCUGGUGGUGGAUGAGGGCAGUCUUGUGUGUGUACAGUUGCUUUCCUCCAUCCUGUUAUUGCUCACCAAACAUGCUCAGCUACAAAAGUUCAUCAUUCUGGGUGAUAUAAGACAGCUGCCCAGCAUUAAACCAGGAAAUGUCCUCAAUGAUCUCUUCACCAGUCUAAAGAAAAUGAACUGGGCCAUUGAAAUGUGCACCAACCACCGAGCUGAAUCAAAACUCAUUGUCGAAAACGCUGGAUUAAUAGCAGAUAUGGGUGUCAGUAAAAGGUUUCAUCAUCUGAAUUAUGAUGCCACUGUGGAAUUUCGUAAAGCGUUCACACUGCCAUCACCUGAAAAGAGAUUCAUCGAGAUCCUUCUUCCAGCAGAUGAAAAUUAUGAUGAUCUACAGAAUUCUAUAAAGAGUUUGCUGAAUGGCCGAGCAUCUGGUUUAGAAGAUGAUGCAAAUUCCCAAUUUAUUGCUUUCACAAGGAAGCAAUGUGCUUUGAUUAAUGAGCUUUGCUGCAAGCAUUACUCUAAUCACACCACCAGGACUUAUGAUAAGAAAAUGAACUUUCAGAUUGGCGAUAAGGUAUGUUGCACAAGGAACGGCUAUGUGAUGGAUAAAGACAAAGAAGAUGAAGCCAAAGUCAAAAAUGACGAUAUGUAUGAAAGCAAAGUUAAAAAAGAACGAUUGUGCAAUGGAGAGAUUUUCUUUAUUACACAGGAUGUGACUACAGAAGAAGCUGGACAGAAGCGCAGUAAACGGAGGUACCUGACACUAGAUAACAAGCAGGACAGAAAGCUGACUGUUGAUUACAGAGAGCUAAUGAGAGAGUGUAAACUGCAGCAUGCCUGGGCUCGAACCAUUCACACCUUUCAGGGCUCAGAGGAAAAGACUAUCGUGUAUGUUCUUGACGAUGGCAAAGGUCAAACUUGGAAACACGUUUAUACUGCAGUUACACGGGGUCAGAACCGUGUGUAUGUCAUAGCAAAACAGGGCGGGCUUGAGAACGCCAUCCGAGGACACGUCAUCAGACGCAAUACACGACUGGAUGGCCUUGUUGCUGACAUGCUCAAUGACUUGAGAGGAGCGAAGAAAUAUUUUCUCAGUCAGCCAAGUCAGAGUCAGUUCAACACGCCAAAGCGAGGUUCUUUUCAAUCUGCACAUGAGUCAUCCUCAAGCCCUGGUCCAUCCCAAGCUUGCUGCUUCAGUUCCCCCAAGUUAGCGAGUCCAAGUCCGAGUAAGCGAGUGAGUGUCACAGACAGCAGCACAACACCAUCCAAACAAUUGAAGGUGGACACACCACUGGGCAGCUCCCAGCUGAUGCGCCUUUCUCUUAACACUACUCCGAAACAGCUGUUCCCCAAAGCUCCUCAGUCACACCAGGACCAGUGAUUUCCAAGAGCAGGAAACAGCAGGAAGAGCCUGCCAAAUUGUUUUGACAUGCAGAAGCUCAGAGAGGAUCUUUGUGUAUUUUGCAGCAUUCAAAUUCGAUUUCAAUCUAGAGAUUUCAUGAUAAGUUUUAAUGUUUAAGGUGUGUGUUUUAUUUUAGUUUUCAUAUCAUGCAUGAUAUAGUGCUUAAAGUAUUUAAUCUUGUUUAUUUCUGCUGCAUUACAAUCUAAAUUGAACAAAUGAUGGAAGAAGCAGGCACAUAUGCAUUUUUAACUUUUAAUAGUGAAUCUGCAUCAUUUGUUUGAUAUUUCAAUUUGGGAAUCAUAAGAAUUUGGUUCUAAAUUUGAAAUGCAACUUCAUAUCCUGUAAGGAUAUGCUCCAUAUGAUUUUUAUGUUAAUGCUCCAUAUGAUUUGUAUGUUGCUUCUUGUCUCAGUUUCUGUUGAUUAAACAGAAAACAGAUUUAAUGUAUGAUGAUAAUGUAUGAAGAUUGACUAUUCUCUGAAUAGCUAUAGUUUUUGCUUCCAAAUAUUAGUGUAUAUGAGGUAAUGUUUUUACAUUUUGCCAAACAACUGAAAUUUUUCUAUUUAAAAAAAAAAAAAUUCAUGAACUCAAAAUUCAAAUUUUAAGUCAAUUACAAAAAAAACAACCAUCCUGUACUGUAAGUUUUCUGUGUAAUGUUUAUUUUUUUUUUAAUCAU